AUGUUGGCGACUUUACUUAUAUCGUUCUUGGCUCUCGUCAGCCAUGCAUCGGCAGCCACGUGGUACUUCCUCCGGUACUAUCCGGCAUCCGGAGAGAAAUUCACAUCUUUCUCCGGGGAAAUGGCGAUCCCGACUCUGCAGAAAGCCGGGGUGUACUAUCUCUGGCCUGGACUCCAGCCUACUGACAAUAGCGGCGUGUACCAAAAUGUCCUGGACGGUCGGAGCGGGACUUGGUGGAUUGGUUCGGGCUGGUGUUGCUCAAAUCCCAAUCUUCCGUGGGGAAGUGGAUUUAACACCUAUGCCAACGAGAAAGUGACAUUCGAGAAUAAGUUGGAUAGCGGUGGCUCAAAUUGGGUGUCGACUCUUACCCGUCAAUCUACUGGCGAGAAGGUGACGGAUAGCUUUCCAUUAGGAACCAAGUCUUUCAAUCAGGCACUAUUCGCCAUUGAACUCACUAGCGUUAAUUGGGACUUCGGACCGCUUGCAUUUUCGAAUGUUGUGAUUACGAGUACUGGUACGGAUUCGAGUUGGUGUAAUACGAAGCCCGAAAACUACAAUUCGGCAAGCGUUUAUUCUAUCUCUGGCUUGAGGGCAAGUGUGAGCGGGAAUACUGUGACUUGCAAAAUCGAUUCUGUAAUUCUUCAGAAGCCAGCUUAG